UUAAUAAACAAAAAUAUCCACGCAGCUCAAAAAAUCUUCAGUUAUAUUCUACUCUUUUUCUAUGCUGAUAAAAAGUUCGUUUAUUAUCAGUCGUCGCCUUUUAUUCAGAGCUUCUCCGUUUGAAAACACUCUCAUUUCUAGAUCGAUCAGCUCAAGGAAGUUGAAAAUGGCUCCUCCGAUUUUGUCAUUGGCUAUUCCUUCAGAGACUGGCCGUGUUCUCAGUAUUCAAUCCCAUACUGUUCAGGGAUAUGUUGGCAAUAAGUCGGCUGUCUUUCCCCUACAGCUUCUAGGUUUUGAUGUUGAUCCAAUCAAUUCAGUACAAUUCUCAAAUCAUACAGGAUACCCAUCCUUUAAAGGCCAAGUUUUAAAUGGACAACAAUUACAUGAUCUAAUUGAAGGCCUUGAAGGAAACGACUUACUGUAUUAUACUCAUUUGUUAACUGGUUAUAUUGGUUCAGUUUCAUUUUUGAAUACUAUAUUGGAAGUAGUCAAUAAGCUUCGAUCCAUAAAUCCAAAGCUCACAUAUGUUUGUGAUCCAGUAAUGGGUGAUGAAGGAAAGCUUUAUGUUCCACAAGAGCUGGUGGCUGUAUAUCGUGAAAAGGUCGUCCCAGUAGCUUCAAUGCUGACUCCUAACCAGUUUGAAGCUGAACUAUUGACUGGGUCCAGGAUUGUGACUGAAAAGGAUGGCAGGGAAGCUUGUAACAUUCUUCAUGCUGCUGGACCUUCAAAGGUCAUAAUCACAAGCAUAAAUAUAGAUGGAAAUCUUCUCCUCAUUGGCAGUUAUCAGAAAGAAAAGGGCCAACCUCCUGAGCAAUUCAAUAUAGCGAUACCCAAAAUUCCUGCAUAUUUUACGGGAACGGGAGAUCUGAUGACUGCUCUUCUACUCGGAUGGAGUAAUAAAUAUCCUGACAACCUUGGCAAGGCAGCAGAGCUUGCAGUAUCAAGCUUGCAGGCUGUUCUGCAGAGAACAUUGAGUGACUAUGAAAGCAUUGGAUACGAUCUCCAGUCGAGCAGUUUGGAAAUCAGAUUAAUUCAAAGCCAAGACGACAUUCGUCAUCCUCAAGUUAAAUUCAAAGCCCAGAAAUUUGACUGAGGUGGUAACACUUAAAAAUAUGUUGAAGGUUUAUUUAACCGUGGAAUAUCAAUGUUAAUUUUGUUUUUUCGGCUAAAAUAGUAAUUUAAACUUGCCAGAGUAAACAAUUUUAUUAUUAAGUAUUUUUUGCAGCUUUAA